GGAAUAUAUUGAUUGAUUAAGAAUCAUUGAAAUCAGCAGUUGAGCACUCUGAUUAGUCACGCUGUGACUAGGACCCAUCGAAAGAAAGACCCAUAAAGAACCGGAAUUGCCGAACCGACAAAUCAAGAUGUCAGAACCCCAUCGAUCCUUGUCAGCGUACAGAUCGGAUGAACACGAGUCGGAAUUCGAGCCGCAGGCUCAGCAAGAGAUACAAGAUGUGGCCGACACUCCGCAGAUGAAACACGCGGGAGUAUACCUAGAAGACAGGCGGCAAGAGAUCCGUCAAGGGAAAAAGCCUAUUGAAGCAGGCACUGAGAGAAAGAUCCUGAAGUUGGAUCCGAAGAACCACUACUACCUUCGAUUUGAAGAAUCCGUAGUCCUCGAUGCUGGAGGUGCGCCAGCGAAGACAGCUUCCGUAGGACUUCGAAUCUUCCUUCGAAAUCCUCAUGGAGGAGACGCCGUUACUAGGCCGGAGCGCCUUGCGACCUUUUACACCGGCGAUGCUUUCUUGCGUCACGUUCAAGAUGACCUAAAGGGAUGGUUUACCCUCGUUCUUCGUGCGGUGAAGAACUACCAAGACGAGCAGGAAACUAUCACCGAAUUAUCAACACUAGUACGAGAAAUGCGUGCGACGCCGACCAAGAAAAUGAUGAAGCCCACUAAUGCUUCCCCUAUUAAAAGAGAGGAGAAGUAUAUAGCGAUGAAUGACAAACUGAUCCGUAUGCGAGCUUAG